UGUUUGUGUGUUUGUGCCGUUCGAGUGGGUGAUCUUUGCAAGAAAAUGCAAUUUUCUCACCAGUCACUGAAUUUUCUCUCCCAUUUUCUCGCUCGGUUCGAUUUUGGUUUCCAUCCCGUCGUAAUCGUCGCUGAUGUAGUCGGUUCGCGUUGUCAGUCAGUCAGUUCACUUUGCUUUUUCAUGCACUCUUCACUUUUUCAUCGGUCGUCUCGCAGUUGGCGGUGUGUGAAGCAACAAAGCAAGUUAGGAAAGGAAAAUCCUUUCCAUAUUCGGAUUCGGCGGUCCGCGAUUUCGAAACAUUUUCCAGCAAAUCGGUGCUUUAAUUCGACUGGAGAAUACAAAUAGUCAUUUUUGUUUCGAGUAAAAUGUGAAUAACAAUCGAAUUUGUGCAAAUCGGAUCAAUUUUGUUGAUGUUUUGAAUAUGGGUGGGAAGUGAACGUGCAUUCUAUGUUUUUCCUGAGCCAGCGGAAGGAAAAAAAUCUUUUCAGCUGCUGACAAUCAAAAAUACUGGGGAACAAGAAGAAAGAGUGCAAAACAAGUUAAAAGAAAAUGUAGAAAGGAAAAUAUUUCUUGGAAAAAUGAAAAACUUGCGUGUGCCAUCAUCAUUAGAGUAAUCGUAAUCAUCAGCAGCAGUAGCAUCGUCAUUGUAGACACAGGCCACAAAACGCUUGUUCUCACAUCCCGCAGAGUCUUGGCAAGGCAAUAAUAACGUCGUGGACGACGUACGGCGGCAAAACGCGAGAAAUUUGGACUUAUUUUUAGAACGCAUCUUCGUCUGUGCGAUCAGCGCUCGGAACUAGGAAUCAGAAGAAACUCCAAAGGAAACCCACCGCAUCUGUCAGGCCAUUUUAUCACCUUAUUCUCGCUGUCCCGCUAGUGCCGAAGAUUAGAAGCGCUGCAGACAAGAAACACAAAGGAAGCCGCCGACUCCACUACGGUACCUACGUGACGUCACGUUAUUGCUGCAACAACAUAAACCGAGCGGAUCCUUGGACCCAAUUUCAGUUCAAGGUUGCUGGCCGAAAUGUGACUCUCGCAUCCUAAAUCAUAAAAGGCUCAGUGUCGCCAAAGGGUUUAGCAGACACGGUUAAUGAUUUCUUUGUGGAAUCAUUCUACUGUAGGUUCCGGCGAAUGCGGUUCGUUCUUCUGAUCUGACACCAAAAUGUGAACAUGAUAAAUGUUCUGGUGGCAAAACAGCGACACGAAGCAAAUGUAAUAUGCAGCGCAAUGUGAACACUCGUGUAACAUACGACGAAUAGUCCUCAGUGGGAGAAAUGUGCAAUAUCGUAACCAAACUCUAGUCAUCAACGUUGUCGGUUUCGUGACAACUACCUACUAACUACUAACUGCUGUAAGAAGAGAAAAUAUGUUUUCACGAAAAUGUUUGUCUAGUUCGUAAGAGCAAGCCUGAGAGAAAUUGUGCAAAAAUCUCACUCGCUGUAAAAGGGAUAUGUGUGUACAUAGUGUGCUGUCGCCAGUAAUGCUUCGUCUUCUGGGUUGUGUGUGAGAAGAAAAGUCAUUUGCCAUAGUGCCAUAAAUAAUAGAGAGUUGCAGAAAUUUUAUUGCAAUUCUCCUUGAAGGAGACACUUUGCAAGGAAAAGUUUCGUGUCACACAAAGAAAGUGGAUUGCCCCUGGAAAUUUACGAUCUCAAUGACCCAUACCAUCUUCAUUGGACUGUCACUAGCGAAAUAAUUUAUGUUCAGUGCCACUCGCAGCAUUAUCACCACGCGUAGUUUUGUGCUGUUGAUGGCCGAAGCAUGCCAAACACAAACGAAAAUACACAUUCCGGCUCUUCCGGCGAUGAUCUCGGCAGUACGGAUGAGGUGAAAGUAUUCAAAGACGAAGGCGACCGUGAAGAUGAGAAAGCCUCGUCAGAGAACCUUCUCGAGGAGAAGUUCAACCUAAUCGAUCUGACGGAAAGUGCGGAGAAUCUGGUGAAAAAUUCUUCCCGCCAGGACCUAAGUCCACCCUAUGCCGGCGGUGCAAGUGGUGGUAGCAGUGCUGGAAAGCUCAACUCUCCUGACCAUUCGCCAGGAUUUAACAUGGGAUACCUGCCUCCUUAUCAGUAUUCCAGUGGAACGGCUAGUGCAAUACAAGGCUCAAUGAGCAAAAUAGGGCUAUCGCAGUUUUUCUGUAACGAAGAUCCCCUCUCCAACCCACCUCCUGCACAUUGUGGAAUCAUUCCCUAUCAGUUAGAUUCUAAAGCGAUCGGUCUCUCUGCGAGACAGUCGCUCUAUUCUUUCUCUACUAGUCAGUAUCCCUACCCCAUACUGUCCUCGAACAUGUUACCGGUUCCACCUUCUUGGCACACUCCUUCAAUGUACUCCACCGCACCAAGCUUUCGAAAUUCCUAUCCUUCUUCCCUCCAAAUAUACACGACUUUAGCUAGCGACCUUUACUCACGUUACCAGUCCUCUUCACUUCUAAAUUCUGUACACUCCCACAAUGUGCUGAACCAAGUGAAACAGGAAGUAUCCCCUUCCCAAGAAAUCUCCCACAACUACAGCAUACGACAAACCAACCAUCACGGUCAUUCCCCAUCCAAAUCCAACGACAUGCCCCAAGAACUCACCAACCGCUACUCACGGCCUUCGAUCAGCAGCAGCUCAUCUGGACCAGGAUCCAGCGGCUCCUCCACCGGCACCUCAAAAAAGAAGUGCUCCAGCGCCUCCGACCGGCAGCAACCGCAAAACAUUAAACCACAUAUCAAAAAGCCACUGAAUGCAUUCAUGCUCUACAUGAAGGAGAUGCGCGCCAAAGUGGUGGCCGAGUGCACCCUCAAAGAGUCGGCCGCCAUCAACCAGAUACUCGGCCGAAAGUGGCACUCGCUGACACGGGAGGAGCAGAGCGUGUAUUACGACAAGGCACGCCAGGAGCGCCAGCUGCACAUGGAAAUGUACCCUGGCUGGACCGCGCGGGACAACUACGGCUACGGGGCGAAAAAGAAGCGGAAAGCGAAAAAGAAGGACCAACUGGGGACGGAAGCGGCGAGCAGGCGGAAAAAAAUUUGUAUACGAAACGAAGAAUCCGACACAUACGACGGAACUCGUAUGUCAGAUGAUUACAUGAGCAAUUACGGCACCGUAGUGUAAUAUACGAAUGCGACAUCAGCAGCAACCAACCCAGUAACAAAUCCCACGCCCAUAAGACUUGAAUGCUAUCGCGGAAAUCGUAAUAUCUAUGACCAUUCUUUCAUACCCAGAUUUCGCUACUGUGGCCAAACAAACGAAGAGGUUACAAACCAAAUCUAGUUGUUGUCGGAUGACGACGAUGCAAUUGUAUACAAAGUGAACACACAAAUCUCAAAUCGUUAUUCUAAUUUUAGCUAAUUUAUCAAACUUUCAAAAGUGAACCAAAAAAUAGACUAUCGAAUUUCUGUUGUAAGAAAUUAUACUUACCCUGUUUGGAGGCGACUUUUCCGUACUUAACUUAAAAUCUAAUAUUAUAUACCGUAUUGUUUAGGACCGUACUAUACCAAAAAAAAUGAAUGCUUUGUUCGUUGACGCGAAUAAGCCACAUCACUUAUGUUAGUGGUGAGUUUCUCAAAGAAGGUGGGCAACUGCAUAAAAGUGACAAAAUACUUAGUAGAUAAAGCAAAAGAUAACAAUCUGUGGUGUUUUUAAAAAAUGUAAUUUAUUAUGCGAUUAAAAUUGGGUCGAUAUGAGAAUAAAAAAGAAUGAGUAUGACAAGUCUUUAGUCGCAUAAGUUAGAAAUGAAACCAAAUAAAAAAGGUACAUAAAUAUAAGUAUAU